GAAAAAUAAAAAAUACCCCCUCUAUCUCUUCAAAAAAAUAAAAAAAAAUAAAAAAAUAAAAAAAAAUUAACUCCGGGGUAGCCAUGGAUGGAGCUAGCACAAUCUUGGUGGUGUUUCUAUUCUGUCUCUCCGGCGUGGGAGCGGAAGACCCCUAUUUAUAUCACACUUGGAAGGUGACCUAUGGCACCAUUUCCCCCAUGGGUGUCCCUCAACAGGGCAUCCUCAUCAACGGCAAAUUCCCAGGUCCUACGAUCAAUGGCACGUCCAACAACAACGUUGUUGUUAAUGUUUUCAACGAGAUAGACGAGCCGUUGCUCCUUACUUGGGGUGGCAUCCAGCAACGCAAGAAUUCUUGGAUUGAUGGCACUCUGGGGACCAUGUGCCCUAUCAUGCCUGGCACCAAUUUUACUUAUAAGUUCCAGGUGAAAGACCAGAUCGGAAGUUACUUUUAUUUCCCAACCACCGGUAUGCAACGUGCCGCGGGUGGAUACGGUCCCAUCAAUGUCCACAGCCGAGAACUCAUCCCCGUCCCGUUCGACUGGCCGACCGAUGAGUUCAAUGUUUUCUUGAGUGAUUGGUAUAACAAAGGGCAUAAGACAUUGAAGAAGAUUCUUGAUAGCGGUCGGAGUAUUACUAGACCUGAUGGGUUAGUUAUCAACGGGAAGCACGGGAAGGUGGGAGACAAACUCGACCCACUUUUCAAAAUGGAACCCGGUAAGACUUAUAGGUACAGGGUUUGCAAUGCGGGGCUGAGGACUUCGGUGAAUUUCAGGUUUCAAGGACAUAAUAUGAUAGUGGUUGAGGUGGAGGGGUCACAUACUGUCCAAAACGACUAUAAAUCCCUUGACCUCCAUGUCGGCCAGUGCCUCUCGGUUCUUGUAACGGCUAGCAAGGAGGCUAAGGACUACUACUUAGUCGCCUCCAGCAGAUUCUUCAAGCAAGAAUUCACCACCGUAGCUAUUAUCCGCAUCGGCAACGGGGGUCCCGCGACCCCGGAGCUUCCACCACCCCCGCCGGCCCACAAAGAGGGUAUCGCCUGGUCUAUCAACCAGUUCCGCUCCUUCAGGUGGAACCUCACCGCUAGCGCCGCCCGCCCCAACCCGCAAGGCUCCUACCACUACGGCCAAAUCAACAUCACCCGCACCCUCAAACUCGUCAGCUCCCAGGUCAAAGACGGCGGAAAGCUCCGAUACGCAAUCAAUGGCGUCUCCCACACCGACCCCGACACCCCAUUGAAGCUCGCCGAGUACUUCGAAAUGCCCGGGAGGUUAUUCAAGUACGACAUCAUGAAGGACAACCCUCCCGACAAUCUCGAAAAAGUGACCGUAGCCCCCAACGUCGUCAACGCCACGUUUCGCAACUUCGUCGAGAUCAUAUUCGAAAACCACGAAAAAACCAUCCAAACCUACCACCUCGACGGCUACUCCUUCUUCGCGGUGGGAAUCGAGCCGGGAAAAUGGAGCCCAGCGAAGAGAAAGAAUUACAACUUAGUCGACGCUAUAAGCCGGCACACCGUCCAAGUCUACCCCAACUGCUGGGCGGCCAUCAUGACCACUCUGGAUAACGCCGGAAUGUGGAACCUGAGAUCGGAAAUGUGGGCAAGGGCAUACUUGGGACAACAAUUCUAUUUCUCCGUUCUUUCUCCGGAACGCUCGCUGAGAGACGAGUACGAUCUCCCGGAGAAACAAGCGUUGUGUGGCAUAGUCAAGGGCGCCAAAAAGCCACCUCCUUACACCAUGUAAGGUGUACUGUAUAGUAUGUUGAUUAAUUCAAGAAAAUGUAUUGUAUAGAGAGGGGUGGAUAGAUGGAAUAUAAUACUAGAGCGCAGCAUGACUCUAAAUGGGAGUUAUUAAAUGAAGAAAAAAAAAAGCAUAUGUAUAUGGUUUCCUUAAUAUGGAUCUUGCUUGACUUGAUCAUCAUAAUAAUAUUAAUAUAAUUCAUUC